CGGUGAGGAAGGGAAAGGCGGGGGCGCCACCGGAAGCGAGGAAGGUGCUGUGUAAUCACUCAGCAAGCUGAGGUCCUUGGAUCUCCUAAAAUGCCGGAUUACCUCGGUGCAGAUCAGCGGAAAACCAAAGAAGAUGAGAAGGACGACAAGCCCAUCCGAGCUCUGGAUGAGGGGGAUAUUGCCUUGCUGAAAACUUAUGGUCAGAGCACUUACUCUAGGCAAAUCAAACAGGUUGAAGAUGACAUUCAACAACUUCUCAAGAAAAUUAAUGAGCUCACGGGUAUUAAAGAGUCUGACACUGGCCUGGCCCCACCAGCACUCUGGGAUUUGGCUGCUGAUAAGCAAACACUCCAGAGUGAACAGCCUUUGCAGGUUGCGAGAUGCACAAAGAUAAUCAAUGCUGAUUCGGAGGACCCGAAGUACAUUAUCAACGUGAAGCAGUUUGCCAAGUUUGUGGUGGACCUCAGUGAUCAGGUUGCACCUACUGACAUUGAAGAAGGGAUGAGAGUUGGUGUGGACAGAAAUAAGUAUCAGAUUCACAUUCCACUGCCUCCUAAGAUUGACCCAACAGUUACCAUGAUGCAGGUGGAGGAAAAACCUGAUGUUACAUAUAGUGAUGUGGGUGGCUGUAAGGAACAGAUUGAGAAACUUCGAGAAGUAGUUGAAACCCCAUUACUUCAUCCAGAGAGGUUUGUUAACCUUGGCAUUGAGCCUCCUAAGGGUGUGCUGCUCUUUGGUCCACCGGGUACAGGCAAGACACUCUGUGCUCGGGCAGUUGCUAAUAGGACUGACGCUUGCUUCAUUCGAGUUAUUGGAUCUGAACUUGUACAGAAGUACGUCGGUGAGGGGGCUCGAAUGGUUCGAGAGCUCUUUGAAAUGGCCAGAACAAAGAAAGCCUGCCUUAUCUUCUUUGAUGAAAUUGAUGCUAUUGGAGGGGCUCGUUUUGAUGAUGGUGCUGGGGGUGACAAUGAAGUGCAGAGGACCAUGUUGGAGCUGAUCAAUCAGCUGGAUGGGUUUGAUCCUCGAGGCAACAUUAAAGUUCUGAUGGCCACAAACAGACCUGACACUCUGGACCCAGCGCUGAUGAGGCCCGGGAGACUGGACAGGAAGAUUGAGUUUAGCUUACCUGAUCUAGAGGGUCGGACUCACAUUUUUAAGAUUCAUGCCCGUUCAAUGAGUGUUGAAAGAGAUAUCAGAUUUGAAUUGUUAGCACGACUGUGUCCAAAUAGCACUGGUGCUGAGAUCAGAAGCGUCUGCACAGAAGCUGGUAUGUUUGCCAUCCGAGCACGGCGAAAAAUUGCUACUGAGAAGGAUUUCUUGGAAGCUGUAAAUAAGGUCAUCAAGUCCUAUGCCAAAUUCAGUGCUACUCCGCGCUAUAUGACAUACAACUGAGCCCUGGAGGUGUUCGUGAAAACACUUUUCACUGGAAUCCUAACGUUAUACAGACUUCUUAAUAACCAUUUCACACACAAAAUAAAUGGUUUUCAAAAUUG